GUUUUUCUUCUCCCUGGAAUUCGUCCCCUCAAACAAGAGCUGAAGAGCUUUAGUUAUAGCAAAAACGUACACCACGUGUCAACUUCCGAUUGGUCCAUUCAGAGGCUGGUCUGCAGUCUUUUUCUUCUGAUUGGUUUACUCAGAGGUUGCCUCUGCCACCUCCAGAGAGGUUACUGAUAUGGGCUUGGAGUUACAGACCUAAAAGUAUGAAAUGAGAUUGACCUCAGCUCCAACUAGUUGUCCAGGACUAGUUCAUUUAUUGUGUACAAUUUGUGAUGGCCUAUGGCCCGUGCAAUUAAUUACAAUUUACAACAAUGAUUUUCGGUGAUAUAUAAUUUCUAUUGAAUGUAUAAUAAUAUGAAUGUUUAAUCAAGUCUAUAUGUAUUUUUUCAAUUCGGUCC